GGACACAAUAUGUACUAUAAAUUUGCGUUACAUGAAACGGUGGGACAAAUAAACACCAUACCUAUUAUCGAUGUUAUGUUAUGAACCGCAACACUACUUUUCAGUAUGCAUCGCACAAGGGAAGAUAGGGUUAGUUCUCUGGAACCAAUGUACGCACAUCUUGCACUACAUGCCAGAUUCACCGUUUAGUCUGGAAGAUAAGUGGUUAAAACAAAGUAAUGUAUGAGGUAUUUAUUUCCCAGUUUUAUUCAGAAAUGAUCGAACAGUUAUCAUGACUACAGAACCCAGUCUAAAAUUUAUAUCAUUGGUUAUGGGUGGGUAAGUAAUAUAUCCUUGAUAUAUAACAGGAACGGACAAAUGCCAUAUCGCUUCUGGACUACACACCGAAAUAAUUCCCCAGUCUUACUACAGUAAUCCUGAAUUUCACCCUUAUUUUGCCUUAAGGUGAACAAUUUUUGUUGGAUUCUCACCAAAUGAUGAGCAUUUCUUUUAUGCCAAACACACUUGACGAUUUUGGAAGAAAAACUUUCAUUAGGUCUCUGUUUCCAGACAAUUCAAAAUUAUUUAAAGCUUUGGGUGGCUUGCUGUACAAGCUGACUCGCAACGCGGACGAUUUACGUUUAGCAUUUAAUCAGAAUGUAUUGAAUAUCGUUGACGUACAGUUAUUACAAAGACAAGAUAUGCUAUUCGUCGACAAGUCUGCGAUGAAGUAUCUACAAAUUAUCGACUUUCAUGAAACAUAUAAAAUAAACAGAGGAAUACUUCCUUCUGAGGCAAAUAUCAGCCCUACAUUAUUCAGUGCCACAGAACUACAGAAAUGGAUGGGAUCACCUAUAAGCAGCAAAGAGGUAAUAACAGGAAGAUUGGAUGCAGUGGAGUUUUUUCUGGGAGGGAAGGGAACCCAGUUACUGUCAGAAAUAAGAACGCUACUAAAGAAGGUUGGAAAUAUACAGAAAAUUAUUCUCAGAAUGCAAACAUCUUCAGCUAUACCAAGUGACUGGAGAACAAUAAUACAUACUUUAGAUGCAAUCGAAGCUCUUAUCACUAUGUGUAAACCAUAUUGUGAAAAAUUAUAUCCUGUCCAAGAAUUGCUUCUAACAAACUUCGACUCAGCAAUCAUAGGAAACGUCAAAUCAUGGCUAGUUCACGUAAUUGACACGGAGAAGACGGAAAAAGAACAAAGAUUUGUUGUUCGACGUGGAGUCGACACUACUUUGGACAAAUGGAAUGAAACAUACGCUUGUCUUCCAGACUUGCUGUCACAGCUGGCAGAAGACGAACUUGGGAAAUUACGAGAAAAUAUAAGAACGUGUGGACUAAUUUACUUCCCUUUAGUAAGUAAUUAGCCGGUUAUUAUCAUAUUUUGACACUUAAGCAGAAACCAUUAAAGUAAACUUCCUUUGAUUUAUUCAGGUGGGUUAUCUGUUGAAAAUUCCAAAAGUAGAAGUAGAAACUCCCGAUAUACAGUUAAGCGAGUUGGAAUUCGCUGUAAGUUGUGAACUUUAUUUUACUGACGUAACUGGUAAAAGACACAUUUAUCGGUUUCUCAAUUUUGAAUUUAGCAUUUGAUGGAUUAGUAGCACAAGGGCUAACAUGUUAAAUGAACUCAUGUCUGUAAUUUCGGUGACCAACAAGCUGGUCGAUUAAGCUGAGCAUGAUUUUCUACAAAAAGCGAUCGACAAAAUUGUCGAGAUUCUGUAUUUAUUAAACCUUACUGUCGACAUCUUUAGAAGUUCCCAUAGCUCUAGAUGGGGAGUUUAUGGUAGAAUAGUGAUAGAAUGUUUAAGAUUUAGAAAACACUAAAACUAGUCAUUCUGAAAAAGCUAUAAAUUGAAUCCACUACGCAGAUAAAAUUGAAAUAAUGUAAGUUCAAAAUGUCAAGGCUUAGUAUUAUUUUUACUGAAUAAGACCCCUGUAUAUUCGUCAUAUAAUAACACAGAACUUCAACUGUUUUGAUCAGUUUACAGAUAACGAGAUGGCAUACUAUCGAAACAAAACCACACGCAGUAAGUACUGUCCUAUCUUAUUAAAAUACUUUUUUGUUUCAGUCCUGGAUCAACGCUAUGGUGAUGUAAUGUAUGCCAUUGUUGGUAAGUGCGAAAAGCCAUAUAAUUUAAACACAAUCAAAAUUUACGAAUGAACAGUAUUAGUUCUUUAUAUCAGCAAAGUAAUGAACAGUUUGAAAACUACAUAAUAACAAAGUCACGACUUCCGCUUUCUUGAGACAUUUUGAUGUAUGGACGAAUUAAUUCGAGAUCUCAAGAAAAUCUGAAGUGAAAUUAACUAAGAUUUACUCCUGUGGUUGUUCAUUAUCUAGUAUUUUGGGAGCUACUGUGCAUAUCAUCGCUCUUUGAUGACAGUAAAGUUAGAAUCCAGCAACACAACUGAUGGAUAAGAGCCAAGCCACUUCGUGGUGUAACAUGAACACAACGGAACACACUCAACUAAACUUAGGAUUUAGACAAACUUCACAAACGAGGUUAAGCGAGCAACAUUCAACCAUUACUGCUAUACAGAAACAUUUGGAGCGUAUUCCCAACAUCGUUUUUAAAGUAGAAUUAUGUGAAUUUAGUAUCAGACAGUAAUUACUAAUUUUUGAUUCACUCUCGAGAACUUAAGUCAUAGUUGAUGUACAAACGCAGUGAAUUGACAAAAAUGAACCCAUUACUGCAGAUUUGAUUUUCAAUACAAUAGGAAGCAUGUAUACUCUUUUGAAGAGAUGUCUGCAUAAAUAAAGCGACAAUCUCAUUUAAUAUGGAGUUGAGAUGCACUCACACCAACUCGAUCUAGAUUGACAAAUUAUCUGGAACCUAAUCAACAUACCCCGAUUUCGAAGCAUAGAUGGUCUUGACUGUCGAACACUCAGAGCAUAGCUGGUAAUUCAUUUGCGGUCCGGCUUACCUGUGUGCAAGACUAUCGAGUCAUGGGUACCUUGUGAGAUGCUAGCCUAAAAAUCAAUCGUUUCGUACCAAUUAUCUCUAGGACUUACCAGUCGGUACGUUAUGUACUAGUUGUGUAGGGUUAAAACCACUGACAAUGCCUGAGUGUCAGCCUACAGUACUUCUGAUUACCUUCGAGUUAACUUGACGUUUAUUAAAUCCACUAAUAGUUAAUAGGUGAGGCCCAUAUAAUCCAAUGCGGCGGAUUAACUUUUGGGAUGCUGGCUCUGAAGAUGUCCAUGUCCACCGACACUUUUUGUCCGUCUUACAGAAACUCUAGAAUAAAGACCUCUACAUAGUCCUACUAACUAACAUGCUUUUCCUGAAAUACUCACUCGAUGUUCGACUCAUCAGGUAGUCACAGACAUACAUGUUCAAACUAAUUUUGCAGUUCAAACGAACAUUACAAACUGAAGCAGAACACUCCCCAUCAUCUCUAACCGGGACCGACGAUAGUUUAUUUGAGCACACCGUCUAUUUCGUCGCUUAUCAGGUCUGACGGCACAACAGAAGUGAUAUACGUAGGAUUACUCAGCACUUGAAAUGACCGCAUCCAUGUUUAGUGGGAACAAAACGCGUCAGAAAUAAAGAUGUCUUGAUGUAACGCGACAUGUAUGCCACUGCAACUAAUAUUUGGUUUAAUCCUUAAGCAUUUCUACAGCCAGUUUAAUAUGCUACUUGUCCACCUAAUAUUGGUUAUAAGAACCUAUUUUGCAAAUGUGCUCUCGUCCUUCUAAUUAACAAUCAUUAUCAAUGGAGUUGCUGACCGUCCGGAACUAAGUACAUCGCUUCGGAGCAGUGGAAGACAUUACUCUAUAAAUUCCAAUCAUCCCUUUGGAUUUUACCACUCGUCAAACUCCCUGGUGAGUUGGAACAUUAAAAGGGACCUGGUAAUUGUGAGCGUUAUCCACCCACUGGCGUAGAAACGUCUAUUACUAGUAGGGCGCUAUCCUGGAGUAAUUGUCAUUAGUAAAACUUACUGUGACUAUGUGGUAAAAUGGAAUGAACGCGACCAUGCCCUUGAAAGUACAUUUUAAUGGUUGGUACCACCGUCCAUCUUUGCAAAUAAUGCUUGUGACUUAAGGAAAUAUUAGGGCAAUCCCCACAGAAUGCACAUAUACCAAUAAGAGGAUGAUCAGUUGCAGUCCUAAGCAUCAACAGGAAGACUCAAACAACCAAUACAAGGUGAACUUAACCUCACCGCAUUGCAAAACCGAGUGACUAUCUGAACUCAAUAGCAAAAUGGACGACGCGAUGACGUUCAAAGCGAACUGCACUGGGUCUGAGGCAUGGAGUGAACAUUAGCCCUGGGAAGCAGGUGUACCCAAGCGCAGAGCCUGAAGUAGGACGAAGAAACCCACUGCUGACUACCAUCUAUCUCUGCCUAUAACUAUACACAAGUUUGGAAGUAUUAAACUAAGAUGGCUCUCCUCGAAUAACUGGAUGGAACAGAAACCCACGUGUACUCACCAAAACCACGUCAGCCGCAUUUGGCAAGUGAUGCGAUUGUGUGGGAACGGUUUUUGGGACGCUCAAGUCAUUCGGUUUUCAACUCAAUCUAGAGAAAAAACAUGACGCUAUACGGGAUCCGUCAAUAUGCAGUGAAUUUAGUUGGACCACAGUAACUAAGUCUGACCUAAAAAUAUGCCAAUCAUUCGCUGUCUUACUUUGACACAUUUUACUAGAAAAAUGGGAUGCGACCACGACAUUCAAACAGUCAUAGAAAUAAUUACCACUUAUUUAACUAGAUAAAUCUUUAGCCAAUUCUAUUUAUAAAACUUUUAGAUGCGGAAACCACGAUCAUGCAUCAUCUUCAAGAUCGCUUACUAAUUCACACACAGAGCAUACUUCAGGCAUCCCAAUUUGUUGCGGAGAUAGAUUGGUAAGUUGCUAAUUAAAUAGUACACAAGAAAUAAAUACUUCGUUUAUAUAUAUAAUUUCGAGACCUUCCCUACAACCAGACACUAUAAUUCAAGCAACUUCCCAGCUAAAUGAUCAACAUAUAUAGGAAAGCACAACUUAAAUAAUAAAUUCUGUAAAGCCACAAAGCAUAAUACUUUUGCCGGAGAUAGCCGUAACCACUAAGGCGAUUUAUGUUGGUGAAUUACAAUCCUACUUUGCACGCAAUAUGUGUAUAUUUUGAUGGGCUGAACACUGUAAUCACCAAAGUGAUCUAUUUAGGCUGAGUACCUUAAAAAUACAAAACUAGUAGAGGCCCAGACCAGUUGAGGAUAUUCCCUUCAGUCUAGCAAAGCAUGAGGGUUACAAUAAUAAGCAAACGACAAAAGCAACCGUGACCUCGUAAGUUGAUGUACUAACAAAUAAUAUUUAUACUAGGAGAGCUCUUAUUGUUUAAAUAGAUAACUGAGGGUGGAUUUCCCUUAAUCGUUGAAAUUGUAGUAUUACUUGUAUUGCAUUACUAUUUCAGCUUAUGUGCCUUCGCCAUGGCUGCCAAGCAUAUGGAAUGGACUCGACCGAAAAUAGUGAACGAGAACUGUAUACAUAUUUAUAAAGGAUGGUAUCCUAUCCAACAAACAGUAUCUACCAACAUAAUUAAAAACUCAUUCUACUCUGAUGGAUCUAAGCAUAAGAUAACAUUGCUGACUGGACCGAACGGAAGUGGAAAAAGCAUCUACAUGAAAAGUGUAAGUAAAUCUACGAGUGACUAUGGACCUCGAUUACAUUCCUGAAACGUAGAAUAUGCCACCGAAAAUAGAAAGUUCAAUUAAGAAUGUUGACUGCAUUUUAACUUACUGUUUUCAAUUUUCCCUAACAAAGUAAUUCCCAUAAGAAGUGAGGAGCUAAUAAUUGUGCUGCUGAAAGAUACAGGGUCCCUGAGAAGUAUGCCACAAUUAUUUUUAGUGUUGAGGUAUCACCAGGUUGAGCCGUGAAGCUGACCAUGCGACAGAAUAACGUAAGUCAUAAAUGAUGAGCAAACUGGACUCUGUUCACGAAGCAACAGUUAAAUGAUUGUUUCAGUAACUCGACAAGUAAUCCCUCGCGGUACUUGGUGCUCGAUUGAGUAACAUUCUGAUAUUAAACAAACUUCAUUCGUGCCAAAUGAUACGCCAUUGAAAUCUUCAUUACUCGGUGAUGAUUUUACAGGAUUUGGAUAUGGAUGUCCCUCUUAAAGUUACAGACAUGAACCGACAGUGUAGUUGUAGUUUAUCUCCGAACUUCCUAUGCUUCGAAUGAAAUCUUUUAAAAAUAACUAAAUUAAAGAGUUUUGGACCAAAAUAUCCCGAAAUUUUGUGACGCGACCACAAACGUAACUAAUUGCAAUACGUGUUGGAGUAUCAAAUGAGACUUCUCGUGUAUCAACGCUAGUUAUUAUUAGAUGUAAUAUAAGGUUGGGAAUUACAAGUUCUCGUACCUUAAUAUCCUAGUGAGGACUUGAGCACUUAUUUACCGAGGUGAAGUACACUGCUAGCAAAUAUAUGGGCAUAAAAAUAUACUUGCCUAGCAUGUUUACGCUUUUUUGUUUACUUGUAGAUCGCCUUAAUAAUUUACUUAACGCACAUAGGAAGCUAUAUUCCGGCUGAAGGGGCAACAAUUUCUGCGUUUGAUGCAAUACAUAUACUCACAGGUACAAACUCUACUGAAAGAGAUAACUGUUCGACCUAUAUGAUGGCACUUCAAAUGGCCUCAGUUGCUUUAAGAAACUUAACAAGCAAAACUUUGAUAAUAAUGGACGAGUUUGCAAAGCCCGUAAAUAAGGUAAGUCUAACACCUAGAAACUACUACGGGAAGAUGAGUUAGAGAAAGACAGGAAUUAUGUUUAACUAAAGUUUGGUAAAACUACUAAUACAGGUUUGUUUGGUUAUGGUGUAGUUAAGACGCCACACAAAUGUUUACAUCGAUGCAUAUCGGAGUUCUAGUCCGGAAUAUGCAGUGAUGUAAAUUUAAACUAUUAAUAUCAAACUCUUAUAAAUCAAGAAACUUGACUACAAUACCUAACAAACGGGGUGCUACGAAAUCCACAAAAUGCUAUAUAUAUAUAUAUAGCGAAUAAAAACGAGUAUUCCCGAUGUUUGACAAGAGCAUAGCAUAAGACGACCCAUAGAACCAUGUACGACAAAUCUAUUUAUCAAGAUAUAAUUACUGCUAAAUACCUUAAACAUGUAAAACUACUAUAACCACACAUACUGUAACUAAAUUUUCAUUUUUUUCAGUUAGAGUUAGAUGCGCUUACAAUCGCUAUGACAGAAUUCCUAUUGCUGAAAAAUGAAUGUCCGUAUACCAUCAUAGCUACCCACAACCAUACAAUACUAAGGCAACUCCAAAUGUAUGGACCGCAAGUGCAAUACCUGACAAUGAGAACAGUCCCUCAUGAAGGAAGAGUGGUGUGUCUUUAUGAAGCAGUCAAUGGUUUGAACUUAAGAAGCGAGGCAAUUAGUACAGCGCAUGAUACAGGACUCCCGAAGAAAAUUACUGAAAGAGCAUUAACUCUGAAGGAUUUUUUGAGUACAAUACCCACUCAUCGUAUGAAGAACAGAAAUAAAAAGUAGUUCU